UCGCGCGCGCGCCGCAGUGCCCGGCGGCCGCAGCAGGCAAAACGGCAGGCCAACAUGGCGGCGGCCCAAGGAGGCUCCCUUGCGCGCCGGGGGAUACCGUCGAGCAGCCUAUAGCGUGCAGCAGGCCCCGGCGAGCGGCCGGCUACGCGCGGCCCCGCUCCGUGGUGCUGCACGCGUGCUCCGAGCCGGCGGCCGGAUACUCCGGGGCAUGUGCCAUGUCGACGGGUUCCAACCGAGAGUCCGCAGGAGCCGCUCAGCCGCAGCCAGGCUCGGCAGCGGUCGACUCGCACCACUUCCAAUACGUCGGACCCUACCGGCUAGAGAAGACGCUCGGCAAGGGACAGACCGGGCUUGUGAAAAUGGGGAUCCACUGCGUAGCGGGCCGCAAAGUUGCCGUCAAGAUCAUCAAUCGAGAAAAACUUAGUGAAUCUGUUCUUCAAAAGGUUGAAAGAGAAAUAGCUAUUAUGAAACUGAUUGAACACCCACACGUGCUGGGCCUAUACGACGUGUACGAAAACAAGAAAUACCUGUACCUCAUACUGGAGCACGUGUCCGGUGGGGAACUAUUUGAUUACCUGGUCAAGAAGGGACGCCUGACGCCCAAAGAAGCACGGAGGUUCUUUCGGCAAAUAAUCUCUGCGCUAGAUUUCUGCCACAGCCAUUCGAUAUGGGUGCCUUACCAUUUGACGACGACAAUUUGCGCCAGCUGCUGGAGAAGGUGAAACGUGGCGUGUUCCACAUACCGCACUUCGUUCCGCCAGAGUGCCAAGACCUGCUACGGGGAAUGAUCGAGGUGAACCCCGAGAAGAGGCUUACGCUAGCGGAUGUGACGAAGCAUCCUUGGGUGACCGCCGGAAGCAAGACAGAAUUGGAGUUGGAGCUGCCCAUGAAGGAAGUUGUACAGACCCACAUCAUUCCUUGCGUGGACGACAUCGACCCGGACGUCCUGUCCAAUAUGACUUCUUUAGGUUGUUUUAAGGAUAAAGAAAAACUAGUCAAAGAGCUUCUCAGCACAACGCAUAACACGGAGAAAGUAAUUUACUUCCUGCUGCUUGAUCGCAAACGUAGAAAACCGUCGUACGAAGAUGAAACUGAAAUCAUCAUCCGCAACCGGUCUGAAUCGGCUGAUCCUCCGCGCAAGAGAGUGGACACGUGUCAAGUCAAUGGAAGGUCGGGACCACGAUAUUCAUUCGAUAUGUUGAGCGAUGGAUCACCGAUUACACCACGGCGGUAUCCGUACGGUAUGCGGCGGGGCAGCGGGUCGGGCUGUCUGCACCCCGGCAGCGGCAUUCCGAGCCCAGCGGUGUCGCCGCUCAACUCGCCGAGACCUUCACCGCGAGGAGCCACCACCCCUGACGAGAGCCCGCUCAACACGCCGCCAGGCUCGCCCUCUCUCGGACAACCUUACUGGCGAUCACGCCUGCACACCAUCAAGAACAGCUUCCUCGGCAGUCCGCGCUUCCACAGGAGAAAACUACAAGUCCCUUCCGCAUCCGACGAAGUCAGCCUGACCCCUGAUUCCUCUCCAGACCUCUCAAAACGAUCCUGGUUCGGAGGAUUAAUGGCCAAUGAGAGGGAAGAAAGCCACGUGAUACUCGUCAAGGACCGUCCUUUGAGUUCUGUCAAGGCUGACCUCAUCCACGCCUUCCUUUCGAUUGCAGACCUAAGCCACAGCGUGGUGUCCCCGAUGUCCUUCCGGGUGGAAUACAAGCGGCCAGGGAGCACCACCAUGUUCCAGAGAAACGUCCGCUUCCACGUCGACAUCAGCAUCGUGGGAGACGGCAGCCCAAACGGCGGAGCUUCGCACGACAGCAAGCCUUCUGUCUACUGCAUCAGCUUCACUCUCUUAUCGGGUCCAAUCCGGAGGUUCAAGCGGAUCUGCGAGCACAUCCAGGCUCAGAUCCUGGGUCGGCGACCGGGCAGCCACUCGCCCCGCUUCAGCCGCCGGCCGCCCACCUCCGAACUGAGCGACAGCUCGUCGUGCGGCUCCGAGUCGCUGUCACCGACCCAGGUCGCGGACGACCUGUCGCACGUGCUCACCACUAGCAGCGGCCAGGCGCCCAUGGCGCGCUGCAAGUCCGACCAGGACGCCGCGUGCGACAUCUUCGAGCGGGAGGCCAAGGCGGCCGCCGCGGUCGCCGCAGCGGCCUGCCAUCGCCGCGCGGUCAUGGACGGCACGUCCAUCGCCAACGGUCGCCGACUCAGCUACGACCUCAAGGGCUCUAGGGACAAAGUCUGACAACCCUUAUCCGUAUCGUCGACUGUCGUCGAUCGCUGAGAGAGAUUCGACAGUACACGCACGCCAUGCCGUCGCCCGCAAGAAACAAAGACACGUGGGCAGACUUGAUUGGCGACGUCGGCGAGCGUGUCCGUCGUAAGUGGCACGCAGGGAGACAAGUCGGAGCUUUCACCGCCUCGGAGGAACGUCAUCGAAGCGGCAACGCAAAGGCCGCCAAGUGUCGUGCGCGGUGCCCCUUAAGAUACGUGUCUCCACAACGCGCGGACUCGCUUUUUAUCAUUAGCUUUAGCUGGUUGCUUUGUUGUACUGAUCUGCACGCUUGUAACGAGCGGCACGCAUAUUUGCUCCUAAUCUAAUAGCGCGGCGUAAUUAACAGUUAACCAACUACGAUAAGUUUGUCUUUAAUCUGGGAAAGGUGAGCUGUGUGUCGUAUGGCUAAUAAAUGGCAACUGAAAACAAAAAAACAAAAAAAACAAGAUAACGAAGCGGGGAAAUGUACUUGACGGCGUCACUUCGAGCUGCCGGGAAGAGAUCGUCGUGAAGUAAUAGAUUCUGGCAACUGCUCCUCUGGGUUGUUUUGUUAUGUGCCGAUAAAACACAAGGUAUUCCUCUCUGGCGUGAGCAAUGACCAAUCCUCUUUACUUCGAAGUUCUUUGGGCUCGAGAGGGUUCAGAUGUGUGAUAAUGUCACGGAUCAACAUCCGACUGUCGUCAUCGAAGUCCCACGUUGGGUGUGAAGUUUGGAAAGUGAAGAAUGCCAGUCACUCCUUGCGCUGAAAUUGAGGUGUCUGAAUCCAAAAUUCUUAAACGAUUGUUGCAAAGAGCCAUGACCAACUUAGUGUUUCGAAAGUUUUCAUUCAUGACCAAGGAAGCGCUAUUUGAUUGGAGCAAAAAAAAAAGAAGCGUGCCGGUCUUCAACGGGCGUUUACAUAUUGGUCACUUCUGUUGUUGAGAAAUGGGAGGGCUGUAAGCAGGAAAAAAAAAGCUUUCUUCCCUGACCGGGUUGCUUCAUUCCUUUCGUGCAACGACUGACGGAAAGACGACUUUGCGUUGUGGGUGGGUGGCUUUCAGUGACGUCAGCUGCGGCGAAACAGUGACGCUUGUCUUCGCGCGGACUCUUGUCUCCCCGCUUAGGACAUUCACUUACAAAAAAAAAGUAUAUAUUUUGGGCCUAGCCUUCUCUGAUGAGUGAUGUGAGUUCCGUUGUAACUUUGUUGUUUCCUUCCAGAGUAAAGUGAAGACGACGACGCUGUAAGCAACGACUCGAGUUGAGCUGAAUGAGGUCAUCGAAGAUAACGUGCCGAAAUGCGUCAUACACUUUUUUUUUCAACGGAGCACGGACUGUACUGAGGUGAAUGGAAUGCGUUAUUGACGAGUGAAUGACACUUGGGUGCAUAGCAGUGUCCAUGUGUCCAUGGAAACGUAGAAAUUCUGCCAGAUAAUUCUAGGUAAUCGUAUAAGGUUAUAACAUUCCAUUUUCUGGUUUACCCAAUGAGAAUGACCCUUAGAGCUAGCGUGAAAACCAAAACAGUCGUAACGACGUAAGAAUUGUUUCUAGCUCUGCACGCAAAAUGCGAUGCUUUACUUAACGUACACCACAGCUGGCAGGCUAUGCGUACCUCCUAAGCAUGUGAAUCCACUCGCGGUCGUCAUCGGAAUUUUAGGAUUAAAGUCGCUUCUUAUUUGCAGGCCGUAAAGCCUAUACAUGCGCACUGCAUGCAAAUGUUUGCUUUGCUAAAUAUGCAUUAAUACUUAUUUGGCUCUUCCCUGCUCGUUGCACUUAAUGUGACUUACUUUUUGAUCAAGGAAAGGAUCAAGAAAAAAAGUAUGUGGACGUGUGGUCAAAACUUCGUCAUUGCAAAAUCCAAGACACUCCCAUUUCCCUUUAGACGUCGUAAAUAUUUGAAACAUCUUUAACGUUCGGCCUGAUGGGCUCAGCCUUGGCUCAAAGAACACAGCUAUCCACAUUUGUGAACCAUGUAUCAUGAUAAAUGUUAUUGUGACUUCAAAUGCUUCUCGUGCUUUGUAGCGCAUUGUCGCUGUACUUGCGGUGUUGAAAUCGUUAUGAGAGAAAAAGAAAAGGUGGUAAACGACGUCAUCAAGACGGAGUCGCACACGCCGCAUUACUUUUGCUGCAGUUGUGCGGUCUGUGUAGCUCGUUAGCAACCUCGGUUUUCCGCUAUGCUUCUUAGCGGGCACUUACGGUAGCAACCUACGAGGCAUAUUUUUGUAACUCUAGCCUCCAAUAUCCAAAUGAUUUCUAGAAUUCAGAAGGUCAGAAAGCUAAACGUUGUCCUUGGUUUUGCCCUGUAGGAAACCAUGGUUCUUGGGUGAAAGGGUUUCACAUCUGAAACUGUCGACAAGACUGCAUGGAGAGAAGCAAACAUUGCUUAGCCCCAGAACAUAAUGUAAAACGUAUUGUAAAGGUAUAGAGUCUCGCGCUUCUCUUAUUUUCGGGUUGAGGUAAUGGUGCGACAGCAACUUCAUAAAGGAAUGCGAUUGCUUUUACACAGCCUUCUAUAUCUACUCUACAACGUAAGCUUAAAGCAAUUGAUCCAGAACUUGGACCCAAUUCCACAAACUUCACUUACGUGAAAGUUCUUUUCUGAAAGGUUACCCGUAACUACAACACGAACCUGUCGUGACAGCAGCGAACGUGUUCCAAUCGUCACUCGCGUUUGCCUGAACUUCGGGUUGUGCGAAUCUCCCCCAGAAUAUUGAAAUCCGUGCAGAAACAUAUCGUAACCGAUCAGAUGGCUCUAAAUGUUUACGUGCAUGAGUUUUCAUACACAUGGCUUGCAUGUGCUGCACUGUACGUUCUUCUGUGACGGAGAAUCGGCCUUCAAAAGUAAAAAAGGCAACGUCGCGAGAUCUGUGCAUGUGCUCCUGUAGAAAGUAGUGAGUAAACACCUCUAUGAAUUCGAAACCAUGCGUCGAGCUUGAAGCUUGGAACUCAGUAUUGUUUGAACAGUGCGAAAAGUGGGGCGUGUUGACAUAACGGAGUGAAAUGCCACAGACAAAGAUGAUCUUAAAGGUAAACUUACCUGUCAAAUAUUCAUUCGCGUGCAAGCGAGGGCGACGUGACGGCGACAGUGUAGUGUUGCCGUUUUUGUGUGGAUAGAUUGAAGCGCCUGCGAAAAAAAAAAAAAGAUACACGAGAAUGGAAGAAACAAACGUAGCACUCAUACCGAACACCAACCGCUGCUGCUAGCGUGUACUUGUGGAAACAGCAACUUAAAUGGUCUUUGUUCUUUUGUACAUACGCAUGCACGCCUGUGUACAUAUAUGUGUACAAAGCUUAGAAAAUUGUGACGUGGGUUUAAUUAAUGUGAUGCAAAUGGGGCCUUUUCGUGAAAGGCAAGCAGAGACGUUUUGCAUUUGUUGUCGUUGAAUUCUGUUCAUCGUAAUCGAUGGAAAGCGAAAGCCUGCGACACUGAAAGUCGGUUUCAUGAACUCGCUUUGAAACUUUGGCGAAGAGUACAUGCAGUUCUGUGAACAGUGUUAUGUUUUGACAUUGCUGACAGUAGUGUGGAUCUGUGUGUGCAAUACCCUAAGCAAAAAAACGUAGCUAAAUCUUUAUAAAAGUGUUUGUUCAAUGCAAUGACGUGUGAAAAAAGUUGAAGAGGCGACGCGAUUGCCCCUGUCUGACAUGCACUGUCCUUUACUCCUAUGAUUAAGUUUCUUUUAUCACGUGACUCAAGCGACGAAGUAGUCGUACGAACAUUACGUUGCCUACAUGUGCAAUGCGCUUGUAACGUUGCAUAAUUCAGCAUAAUGUUCAGAGAUAGAGUGAUAUCAUCUCUAAUAGUACGUACUGGUUGCAAUCAUUGAAACGUGUUUCCUUUAUUUUGCCGGAUACAUUUCGUAAGAGAAGCAAGGCAGAAGAAAGUGAUUGGCUCCUCGAUCUAUUGCCCAAAAGUAUUUUCAUAAAAACACAACAUCAUACAAUAAAGGAAACGAACUGAAAUAACAAUUAGGCGAGAUUUUUUAAAUCAAGUUUGUUUCAGUGAGAUAACGAUAGCAGUUCUGUGCAAGAUGACAAUGAACUAAUCAAAAGGUGCGUUAUUUAUCAACAUGCUAAGGAAUUGUUGGUUGCAUCGUUUUUUGCGACGUUCAUCAGAUUGAGUCGUGGCUCCGGUGCACUCCUUAAACGGACAAGGAUUUGCGCAAACGGAAAUUUCCAUUCGAAUUUUGCGUCAAGCUGCUGUAUUCACAGCCAUCGAGUGCUCUUCCAACAGUGGAAAUAUGAAGACAACCUAUUAUUAUCGUUGUGUACGACAGAAGCAACUCCGCAUCGUAAUCGAGAAAUCAAAUUGCUUGAUAUAAUGUUACAGAAGCAACGUCCUUGCGUUACAGUAUAUUUUAUGUGCAAUAUAAGCAAUUUCGACGACGCGCAAAUACGGUUAUGUAUCCAUCCGGGCCGUAUUCGCAAAACUUCACUUUCGUGAGUGUUUUUCGCCAUUGGCAGGCCGGCUUGUUUAGUGAUAGGUACUGCACCAGGAUUGGCUGGCAUAUUCUCAUGGCAAGGUUUAGCGCGUGGAAAACUGGACACAGAGAAAAAGACACGGGACAGGCGCUGACUGAAAACUGAAGUUUAUUGAAAAGGAAGCCCGUUUCUUAUAAUUGGCAAGAACAUCACAACAAAUCAACUAAGAUAUGACACCACGUGAACAUCCAUGAACAAAAAAAAAUCAAACAAUUUUAACUUGCGUGAAAAGAGCAAUCGGAAGUUGUCAUCCACAAUCAGAAGUUGGUAAACAGGAGACUGGCACGUGUGUUAGCCACCCUUCGCUACAUCUAUCGGAGGCUGAGCACGCAUACCUUCAGCGAAAACCUGUCAGAUAAUUUCGGUAUGCAGUUUUGUUGAUAAUAGCUUUGGUGAUGACUUCUGAUUUCCGUUUUCACGCAUAAUAAUAAUAUCUGGGGUUUAACGUCCCAAAACCACGAUAUGAUUAUGAGAGACGUCGUAGUGGAGGGCUCCGGAAAUUUCGCCCACCUGGGGUUCUUUAACGUGCACCUAAAUCUAAGUACACGGGCCUCAAACAUUUUCGCCUCCAUCGAAAAUGCAGCCGCCGCCGUUUUCACGCAAAUAAAAACUGUUUGUUUGAUUUUGCUUCGUUCAUGGAUGUUCACGUGAUGUCAUAUCUUAGUUUAUUUGUUUUGAUGCUCUUGACAACUAUAAGAAGCGGGUUUCCUUUUCAAUAAACUUCACUUUUCAGUUAGCGCCUGUCCCGUCUCUUCUUCUGUGUCCAGUUUUCCACGCGCUAAGCCUUGCCAUGAGUCUAUACCAGCUCGCCCAGCACACCACUUAACUUCAUUUCAUCUGGAAGCUUCUCUUCGGAACGUUUUUUUCUUUUAGCGUAAUAUGUUUUUUUUUUUCGUGAAUGUGGUACCCGGUUUCCCUGAUAAUGCUGUCGCGGUGCUUUUCAAGAGCAGAAGCCACAUGCCGCCUUGUUUGCUUUGCCUUUCGCCUUUGUCGACAUUCAAGCCCAAUGGAGAGGUAUGGAAGUUCAGUGGUGAAGGCUUGCCGCUGGCUUUGUGAAUGAGAGGUGUUCUCGCGGCUGCGUUCUCUUGUAAAUGACUCUAUCCUUUUCUGUUUCGUUCUUUUUUAUAGAAUCCUUAAAGAAUUAUAGAUGUAGUCCGCCAACUGCAGCUGUAUUAACGUAUGCUUGUUCUAUUCUUUAUUUUCUUGCCACUGAUUUCUAUUCCUUCUUUUGCGAGCGUAUUUAGUCGAAAGAAAAAAAAGAUGCUGUCUUCUCAUAUGUGUUGUUGCUCGAAGAAAAACGAAAUGAAACAUUGCACCGAAGGUUGUAUACUAGGUAUACGAGUGUUUCUUAUUAAACCUGUACAUAAAGCUUA